AUGGAGGAAAUGCGAGCCCUGGGCAUCCCAGUGAAGACGGCGGGCGCCGGCGCCCCCGGCCUGCCGAUCGGCGAGGACGACGCGGCCAGUGCCGCGCCCCAGGCCAUGCUUGCAUUGCUGAAAGACACAGAGGCUGCGCUCGGCAUCGCGCCGCCGCGCGACGAGCAGCGGCCGCCGCAAGAGCCGCGCCACGCGCGCAGCCGCAGCGGCGGCGCGGCCGGCAGCGGCGGCGGCGGCGCGGCCGGCGGGCU